AUGGCAGCUCUUUUCUUCAUCCACCCCAUAAACUUCAACCUCUAUUCCUUCAUGGGAACCUUAAAUCUCCUCCUAAGAAAGUUCCUUGAACAUGGGAACUUCUCACAUUUCUUCUCCCACAAUUGGCCCUUCUUUUGGCCCUCCGACGUCAUCAACAUCCUAUUCCUUUUCUGUUAUUCUAUCGUCUCCACCACCGCCGUGGCUCACACCGUCGCUGCCGUCUACACCGGCCAAGAGCCAUCCCCCAAGGGCACAACCAGCCUCGUAGCUUUCCUGGUGUAUAACAUUAUAGCUGGAAUUGUCUUGUUUUUUAUUAUUUGGACCACCAUUAUGAAACAUGGGCCGUUCGGGGAAGUUAAUGGUUCGAUUUUGGCUGUGUUUUUGGUUUUUUACUUCGUUGGGUUGUUGUAUUUGGUUGUGGUUUUGCAAUUGUCGGGUGUUGUGUCUGUGUUUGAGGAGUCGUGUGGGUUUAAGGCCAUGGCGAAGAGUAGGUUGCUGUUGAAGGGAAAGGCGGCGGCGGCGGCCACGAUUGUAGAUGAUUUUUUGGCCAUGGAUGACUGCAUUGAUGCAUGCGUUGGUGAACUUGUUGUUGGUGUUCUUGGUUUUGGUGUUCUUGUUAUGGAAGCUCGUGUUGGAGACGGUGCUGUAUUUGGUCUGUAA